AUGGAUUUGAUUAACACAGAGAAUAAUGCAUCUUCCGAUUUCGGUGAAUCAUCAUCAUCAUCAUCAGAUACCGCUGAGUCGUCUGGACAGGCCAUUGAUUUCUCGCGACAUUCAGCAAAGGCAACAGGGAGCACCGGUAGAGCGGUUCGUGGUGGCACUUUAGGCCGAUUUUUUACACCGAACAAGUUGAAAAAUCUUUUAAGCGCCACGAAAGUUGGUUCAGCAAUCAUACAGAAUGCCAAUCGUGGCACGUUAUCGAAAGAUAGCAAAAAGGAACUCAGCGAAAUCAUUGCUCAUCACCACAUUAGCUGGUUAAACGAUUGUGAUGGACUGAAUAAAAGUACUCUAACGAAAGUCGAGUUACAAAAUUACACAGAAUGCAUCAUGCAUUUAUUUCCACGGGAAGUGCAGGAUAAGCUUAUUUAUUAUAUCCCAUCUGCUCCUCCAGAGAGAAGAAAUCCAGGUGGUUUGUUAUGUCAGACAUAUAGAAAAUUGAAAUACGCUGCAAGAAAUCGAGAACAAAGAGAGUUACGUCACCAACAGAAACUACAAAAAGAAGUAGCCGUUGAAGUAGAUCAACGUUCAUUACAGGCCUGUCGAUGGCUGCAACUGAACCAACGGCCAUGGGAAUUGGUACUUAGCAACUGGAUAAUAAGUGCCGAAUGUCGUUUGAAGGAUUUGAAAACUCUUCGUUUCGAUGCUGUGAUUGCCAAAUACGGACAUUAUUGCAAUGAUUUAGGAUACCAACUCGUGGAUGAAGAUUAUCGGAUACUAGGAUACACCGAAGGAAUUCUUGGUUGGGAAGGAGUGAUAUCGUCAAUGAAACCGUAUUUUAUACUUAAAGUCAAGGAUGAAUUUUCCAUCGCAAUUUUGCAGCACAUGAAUCGAGCCAACGUUACAAAAGAUACGCUAAUUUGUUGUACGUUGAUGCUAUUGAACUGCUGCGUCCAGCCUUGCAAAGUGUCUAAAACUUUCAAACCAUCGAUUUUAACAGCACAGGAAGAUGUGUUUGUUUUUGCGAACGAUUUAGAAUCUGCCAAAAGAUCGAUUAGUGAAUUACUUGACACCUACGCUGCCAAGAACAUUCCAACACAUCCUAAGGUGGUUGUUAUUGGAACAGACUACACAGCGUUGAGCGGAGAUUUUUACAUCAUUUUCAAAGACAUCGUCUAUCAGUUCAAUUCACUUGCUCGUGCUAUUGAUGUAAUAAUUAAACUGUGCAACGUAUUCAAGCUUCCAUACUCGAAAAUUACGAAGCUAGUGUGGUACGUAAUCGAAGAAACUCUCUACAAUAUUUCAAGACCCGCAAAAUAUAAAGGUAUUGAAGAUCUGAAGAAACUCUGCGAUGCAGCGUUGUGA